ACGCGCGGACUACAUAGAACUUGAAAAUAACCGCAGUCCCAGGGCUCUCCUGCCCCCAAAGGGACUCUACAGCCCCCUCCCGCGUUGGGUCCCCGGCAGGGAGGAGGCCUUAGCGGGCACAGGAGGGAGGGAGGCAGGACGGGGCUGGACCACUGGACGCGCAUCUCGCGGCUGGCGCCCUGGCUUUCCCGCCCCAGGCUCCCGCUGGGAUGGGGAGGCAGGCUCGCACCACAGUGCCCCCUUCGAGCCUGGGGGAGCCGGUGGACACCCCUCCUAGCACCCGCACUGGGCGGAUGCGCUGCGGCGCCCGCUGAGUGGCUCGGCGGGACCUCGGGGGCGGGCCCAGGUCCCCGGGCCGGGGCAGGUCUGUCAGACACCCACCAGUGAGCGAGAGGGAGAGCGCCGCCCCCCUGCCCCGCCCCUGCGUGCUCCACCCCGGAAGGCGGUGGCCGCCCCCGGAGUCCAGGCCCUCCGGACCUCGACCCCGCCCACCAUGGCCACCCCCGCGCAGCUGCGCGACUGCCAGGCAUGGAAGGAUGCUGGGCUCCCACUCUCUACCCCGAGCAACGAGGCCUCCAAGCUGUUUGAUGCCACCCUGACCCAGUAUGUAAAAUGGACCAAUGACAAGAGUCUCGGGGGAAUUGAGGGCUGCCUGGCAAAGCUCAAAGCUGCAGAUCCAACCUUUGCAAUGGGCCACGUCCUCUCUAACGGCCUCAGGCUGAUUGGCACCGGCAGCUCUGUGAGGCUGGACGAAGAGCUGAACCUGGAUGUGAAGACCAUGGUGAAGAUUUCAACAACCCAGCCGCUAACGCGGCGAGAGCAGCUGCAUGUGUCUGCAGUAGAGAUGUUUGCCAAGGGGAACUUCCCGAAAGCCUGUGAACUAUGGGAACAGAUUCUCCGGGACCACCCAACAGACAUGCUGGCCCUGAAAUUUUCCCAUGAUACCUACUUUUACUUGGGCUACCAGGAACAGAUGCGAGAUUCUGUUGCUCGAAUUUACCCCUUCUGGACACCUGACAUCCCUCUUAGCAGCUACGUGAAAGGCAUCUACUCUUUUGGAUUGAUGGAAACCAACUUCUACGAUCAGGCAGAAAAACUUGCCAAAGAGGCCUUAUCUGUUAACCCCACGGAUGCAUGGUCGGUGCACACCAUCGCCCAUGUCCAUGAGAUGAAGGCAGAGAUCAAGGAUGGGGUGGAGUUCAUGCAGCGCUCGGAGAACCACUGGAAGGACUCUGACAUGCUUGCUUGCCAUAAUUAUUGGCACUGGGCGUUAUAUCUGAUUGAAAAGGGUGAAUACGAGGCCGUGCUGACCAUUUAUGACAGCCAUAUCCUCCCCAGCCUGCGGGCCAGUGGUGCGAUGUUGGACGUGGUGGAUGCCUGUUCCAUGCUCUAUCGCCUCCAAAUGGAAGGGGUGUCUGUGGGCCAGCGGUGGCAGGACAUCCUGACCGUGACCCGGAAGCACAGUCGAGACCACAUCCUGCUGUUCAACGAUGUGCACUUUCUGAUGGCAUCCCUGGGUGCACGGGAUCCCCAGACCACACAGGAGCUGUUGACCACCCUGUGGGCCGCCAGCGAGUCUCCGGGGGAGAACUGUCAGCACUUUCUGGCUCGAGAUGUAGGGCUGCCCCUCUGCCAGGCCCUGGUGGAGGCUGAGGAUGGGAACUUUGACCGUGUGGUGGAAUUGCUGCUGCCCAUCCGCUACCGGAUCGUCCAGAUUGGAGGUAGCAAUGCCCAGAGAGAUGUCUUCAACCAGUUACUGAUUCACGCGGCCCUAAACUGCACCUCCAGCGUCCAUAAGAACGUGGCCCGGACCACCAGGCCCCAUGUCCUUUUAGAAGAUUCUGCAACAGAACCUCUCUGCUUCCUUAGGAGCCUUCUGAUGGAGAGAGAUGCCUUGAAGCCUCACUCGCCCCUGACUGAGCGGCUCAUGCGCAAGGCGGCUGCUGUCCACCUCAAGCAGUGAGCCUUAGAGGUGCCUCCCUCGCUCCAAUCGAGCCUGUGUGUGGGGCUGAUAGAGAUCUCCAGCUGUAAGCAGGAAGCCCUGAAAACCAGCAGUUUUACAGGAAGAGGGGGGCACAAAUUCAUGUUAAUAGAAUAUGAUUCAGGAUCUUUUGAUCCUUGUUAGAGGCCAAUGUGCAUUUUAACUAUUCAGAGCCAGAGGCAAUGCUAUUCUUUCCACUUACCCUGCAAACUUUUUCCCCAGGGAAAUGCUGAUACUUCCUUGUUGUUCAAAGGUUGGAAUGCAGGGCAGGGGUGGGGCAGACCUAGCCCUAGCGGCAGCCCACAUUUAAUUCUCCUUAUAUUCUAGACAAGUUCUGUUGUCCCAUCUUUCUGACGUGGGGGUGGGGGUGGGGGUGGUGGUGCUGACAGUGACUUGCCUGGGGUCACAGCUAAUGGAGGCCCCUGUCUUAAAAGUUUUUGGCCUCCACCCACUGCCCCUACUGCCCUUCUUACAGAUGAACACCCUUCUGUCCCUGAGGGGGGUUUUCAAGCCUCCCUGCGGGGCUUUGGUGGUGCCACUUUGGGCUUGUUUCUCUGCUUAAACUGCACACCAUGCGCGGCUUCAGGUGCAUUCUUUGGUCAACUGUGAUAUUAAGCACAUGAAUGUAUGCACAUUUCUGGAGUGUGAGGACAGAGCUCAGGGACACUCUGCUGUGGCAAAAACCAAAGUACCAUGACAUGUGGUUGCACCAAGAUUUGAGCUAGUCUUCUGAAUGCUGCCUGUAUCUCCUCCUUCCCACGGUUAACCUGCCUGAGGUCCCUUCUGGAUGUGCUGACUCCUGCUGCUGCUGUCAGCCCUCCUGUGAGGGGAGGUCCCGGAGCAAAGGUGUUUGCAAGUUUCUUUCCUUCAGAAAUUAGCUAGGGGUGGCGCCUGUAGCUCAGUGGGUAGGGCCCCUGGCCACAGACACCAAGGCUGGUGGGUUCAAACCCGGCCUGGCCUGCUAACACAACAAUGAUAACUGCAACAAAAAAACAGCUGGGCAUGUGGUGGGCACCUGUAGUCCCAGCUACUUGGGAGACUGAGGCAAGAGAAUCGAUUAAGUCCAAGAGUUUAAGGUUGCUGUGAUCUGUGACGCCACGGCACUCUACUCAAGGCGACAGCUUGAGACUCUGUCUCAAAAAAAAAAAAAAAGAAAGAAAUUAGCUAGAGAUUCACUGGGGUAGGGAGAGGACAGGUCUCCUGGGAGGGAGAGGAAGCCUCCAAAUUUAUUUGGUCCCCAAGUUUGCUCAAGUUCAGGCAAAUUCCUGAGAUUAAUCAGUUCCCUAUAAAAACAAAGUAUACAAACAAAACACGUAUACCCACAUCAUUCUGAAAUUAAAAAAAAAAAGAAUAUAUUUUAAACCUUAUCACCACACACACACACAAAUAAGUUUGUGAGUUAUGGAUAUUUUAAUUACCGUAACAUAAUCUUUCUACAAUGUGUACACAUACCAAAACAUCACAUUGUACGCCAUAAGUAUAGUUAUCACUUGUCAAUAAAAAAAUAAAUUUAAAAAUAUAAAUGCAAAAAUAAUAAAUGGUUCCUUUUGACUAGUUCUUACAGACACCUUUCAGUAUCUAUACUCCAGGCCUGGGGCUGGCUUCUGUAGAGAUGGGCUUCUCCAUGAACUUGGGGUGGGUGGGCAGCAAGUCAAGAAAAUGGGUAAUUACAACAGGAUUUCAAGAGAGGUGCCAUCUAUACCCAGGAGGUAGGGA